GCAAGAUGGCGACCAAAGUAAACAUGAGCAAGUUCUUGUGUGAUAAUUGUCAAAAGUCACUGGAUAAAAUGAAAAGAUGUACUCGUUGCAGACUUGUUUACUACUGCUCUCAAGAAUGUCAAAUUAAUGACUGGUCAAAACACAAAGAAAAUUGUCAAAGUGUCAAGAAUUUGGAAAAUAAAGAAACAAACUCUUAUAAUGAAUCAGAAUUUGGUGGAAAUGCAGAUGCAACAACAUCUUUAGAAGCAACAAUAAAAUCAUGUGAAAGUGACUGUAGUGGAAUAAAAUACUCAAGAAUUAAUUUUGAAAAAGCUGCCAAUGAUUUAAAAUCCGAACCUACAGUUGAAUCUUUUCUAGAAAAAAUACCAUCCUCAAAUGACGAAAAUCAUAAGUUUUAUUAUUUAAACAAUCAGUCAUUUUAUGAUGUUCCAAUGUUUAAAAGUGAUUUACCAUACAACAAGGUAACAGUUAAAAGUGAUAAAAUAAAAAGAAAAUUUGACAUAAAUUUGAUCUGGACUGGUGAAGAAAUUUAUAAAUUUUUGUCCAGUGAGUUAGAAAUUCCUUUAGAAAAGUUAAAAAUUAUAAAUAAAGGAAAAGUUUUGACGAAAGAGACAAUUAGUGACUGCGUGGCUGCUCUGAAGCCAGUUUUUCAAAUUCUAGGUGAGAAAAGUGAAAAUGAAGAGGGACUUGAUAAAAAUGACAUUGACGUGAUGAUGAAACAGUUAGGUAUUGAAAGAAAUAGUGCAGUGAAGACAUUACGGCAGAAAGGAGAUUUAAUUGAUGCAAUAAUUGAAGCUGGCAAUAAAAAAUGAUGGGGAAA